AUCUGGAAUACAUCUAGAGUGUAAAAACAUAUGAUAUCGGUCAGGUAAAAAACAUUUUGAAAAGUAGUAAACGCAGGCAUCAAAUAGACAUCUCGGCAAUGUAGGCCUACUAUCUGGGAACAUUGCACCUACAUAUUAUUAGUAAACUGUCUGCUUAAUAUCUGCUAACAUUUACAGUAUAGGUUACCAACUCACAUUAUACAACUACAUAUUAACUUAUCUAACUCUGACCCCUAUAUUUGACCCAACAAUGGGAUAAAAUAACCCAGCAUUUUGGGUUGAAACAACACAACAACCCAGCGAGCUGGGCUCGUCCCUUUUUGACCCAAUGCCAGGUAUAAUAACCCAGCAGUGUAGGUGCAGCAUUACAUAUAGUCAACAGAAUGUAAAAUGGGACCUUAAAAUAGUGUAUCAAAAAGAAGCACAUUUUCUCUUGAUGUAUGUUAGAUUUGUUUGUGCAGGUUGGUGCGUCACUGUUUGCCAGUAAUGUAGGCAGCGGCCACUUCAUUGGACUGGCAGGCUCAGGAGCGGCUGCUGGUAUUAGUCCCACCGCUUAUGAAUGGAACGGCAUGAUGAUGGUGUUGCUCUUAGGCUGGAUGUUUUUACCCAUCUACAUUGCAGCAAGGGUCACGACAAUGCCUGAGUACUUACAGAAAAGAUUUGGUGGCAGAAGAAUACAGUUAUUCCUUUGCGUUUUAUAUCUAUUUAUUUACAUCUUCACAAAAAUAUCGGUUGACAUGUAUGCAGGAGCCGUGUUUAUCCAGCAGGCUCUUCAGUGGGACAUCUACCUCGCUGUGAUUUUACUUCUGGCCAUCACAGCCCUCUACACCAUAGCAGGUGGUCUGGCAGCUGUGAUCUACACCGAUGCAGUUCAGACUCUCAUUAUGCUGAUAGGAGCAAUGAUCCUCAUGGGCUUCAGUUUUGCAGAGGUCGGAGGAAUUCAGGGACUUCUGGAUAAAUAUCCUCAUGCCAUUCCCUCUAUCCGAGUCCCUAACACUACCUGUGGUAUUCCUCGAGAAGAUGCCUUUCAUAUAUUUCGUCACCCUGUGACCUCUGAUCUCCCCUGGCCAGGGGUCAUACUGGGAAUGUCUAUACCCUCCAUGUGGUACUGGUGUUCAGAUCAGGUUAUAGUUCAGCGAUCAUUGGCUUCUAAAAACAUUCUUCACGCUAAAGGAGGUUCACUGCUCGCCUCUUACCUUAAAGUUUUGCCUUUCUUUAUGAUGGUGCUUCCAGGCAUGAUAAGCAGGAUCCUUUAUCCAGAUGAGGUGGGUUGUGGAGACCCUGAUGUGUGUAAAGAGGUGUGUGGGAAUCCGGUGGGCUGUUCAGACAUUGCUUAUGCCAAACUUGUCAUGGAGCUUCUUCCAGCAGGUCUGAGGGGUCUAAUGAUGGCCGUCAUGCUGGCUGCUCUCAUGUCCUCCUUGACCUCCAUAUUCAACAGUUCCAGCACAAUCUUCACCAUGGAUCUGUGGAGGAACAUACGCAAAACUGCCUCUGAAUGGGAGCUUAUGAUUGUUGGCAGAGUGUUCGUGCUGGUAUUAGUGGUGGUGUCAGUGUUGUGGAUUCCUCUGGUUCAGGCCAGUCAGGGUGGACAGCUCUUCAUCUACAUUCAGUCUAUCAGUGUCUACCUUCAGCCUCCAGUAUCUGUUGUCUUCCUCACCGGCUGCUUCUGGAAACGCACCAAUGAAAAGGGGGCAUUCUGGGGCCUGAUUCUGGGCUUGUUGGUGGGGUGUAUCAGGAUGACUUUGGAUUUCGUCUACCCCUCGCCAAACUGCUACGAGAGCGACACCAGACCUGACAUCAUCAAAUAUGUUCACUUCUUAUACUUCUCCAUCAUUCUCACUUUCAUCACACUUCUAGUCGUAGUUUGUGUCAGCCUGGCGACAGAAAAGCCCAAACCUGAGCAGAUCAGUCGACUGACGUGGUACACACGUUUUGACCCCAUAGAGAAGACCGAAGAGGUUGUGACUACAGAUCUGUACACGAUCGAGAGUGCCACACAGUACACGAAAGAGAUGGAAACUGAUGCCUGUGAGACACAAGACGACUCCUGCAGUAUUGAGUCCAGCGAGAAGACUUCAUCUAAGCUGAAAUCUGCUCUGCUUUGGAUCUGUGGAAUGGAGAAGCAAGGAGGAGCGAAAGCCACAAGUCUUCCUCCAGAGCCCCCGGUUUGUUCGCUGGAUGAAGACCCCUGUAUGAAUCACCUGUUAAAUGCCAACCUGAUCGUCUGUCUGUCAGUGGCUGUGUUUCUCAUUGCUUACUGGGCAUAAUCUUCAUUGGUGGAUCACAUAAAACCACAUGUAGAGCUCAUCAUUUUUGCAUAUAGAAAAGUGGGCUUUAUUUUAAAGAGCACCUAUUGUCCGAUUCAUGUUUUUACAUUACCUUUGGUGAGUAAGUGUGUAUUAGUACAUGUUAACGAUAUGCUAAAGGUACAAACCCCAAAGUAAACGAUGACGCGAGUUAUCGUCUCCACAUAAAUCUCUUUUCUUGGACUACAACAAACACACGGAUUGUAGGCAACAGUUUAAUGCCUGGGCAUGGACAAGACCGACAUUAUGAUAAUUCCUCCCACUUGGACUCACAGCCUGUAAGUUAACUCCUGUUAGCAUUGCAUUGUGACCGAAUCCUUCAAACAUGGUAAGGAGCAUCAGAGGUAUUCAGACCAAUCACAAUGUACAGAUUAGCUGGCCAAUCAGGGACACAGAGCUUUUUAAAUCUGUGCAUUUCAGGAAAAGAGUAAAAUCUGGAGCAACAAAAAUUUACGAUAUGUGGAAAAUAAUGUUUUUUUUUUUUUACCAUAAACCACGCGAACACAUUGUAUUAUACCACAUACACAAAAUAUAUAAAUUUUAGCAAUGAAAUAGGUGCCCUUUAAGCAAUGUCCUUUUUGUUUUGUGACAUGCAUCGCAGAUUUACAUAUUUAUUUAUCAACAAUCACUUUAUACU